AAUAUCUCAAGCUUUAUUUUUCAAUCUCCUAUCUACAAUAACCAGAAAAAACAAGUCCUACUUUUCUCACCCAAAAAAAAAAAAAAGAAAAAGAAAAAAGUAGAAAAAAAUUAAAGAUGACGGCGAACAAGAAUGAAUAUGGCAAGUCUGAAGGCCAGUGGACAACAAAUCUGUUCGAUUGUUGGGAUGAUAGUUCUCUUUGUCUGAAGACUUGCUUUUGUCCAUGUGUUACCACAGGAGAGGUUGUUGAGAUACUUGAUCAAGGCGCUACAUCUAAAGGACAUGCUUGUCUUCUGGCUUAUGCUAUGGGUAGCAUUCACUGUGGAUGGGUUUAUGGAAGAAAAUAUCGAAGAAAAUUGAGAGAACUUUUCAAAUUACCAGAGACUCCAUACUCAGACACUUUGAUUAGUUGCUGCUGCUGCGUUUGUGGUAUUUGUCAAGAGUACAGGGAACUUCAAAACCGCGGCGUCGAUCCAUCCCUAGGAUGGGAAGGCAAUGUUGAGAAAUGGAAAAGAGAAGGGGUAACUGUGCCACCAAUUCCUACAUCUACCAUGAGUCGUUAAUUGGUAUCUUUUGUUCUUGUGUGCUGUGAGCUUGUUUGUGUCAUGAGUUUUAGUUUUCCUUUCUUUGAUAUGUAAUGUAACUUCCAUUAGAGCAAAUGUUGAAUGCUGUUGUUGCUACAAUAUUUGUUUGAUUGUAUCGGUGAUAGUGUGUGCUGUUUAGCUAUGUAAUUGUCAUAUUAAUUAAUGAAUUUAUUUAUUUUGGAAUGAUA